AUGGCUGCCGGUGGACAAUCGGUCGUCUAUCAAGCCCUCUCGGCCGAUGGCCCGGAUGCGGCCCCGAUGGAAGUCGAGAGUCUUUGUGUGAACUGUGAAGAAAACGGGAUAACUCGUAUCCUUCUCACCUCCAUACCAUACUACAAAUCGGUGAUCCUCAUCGCGUUUGAGUGUCCGCAUUGUGGCUAUAAGAAUAAUGAAGUGCAAAGCGGGGAGGCUGUGCAGGAACAUGGCGUUGAGAUUACGCUGGCUGUCAAGGAGCAGUGCGACCUGCGCCGUCAAAUUGUAAAAUCGGAAUACGCUUCUAUUGAAAUCCCGGAAAUUGAGCUGACUAUACCAGCGCAGCAUGGCCCGGCUGAGGUAACAACCGUUGAAAGUGUGCUUUCACGCGCCAUCGAACGCCUAGCAGAUUCGCAGCCGGCGAGAAGAGCCCUCUCUGCCGAAGACGCUGACCAAGUUGAGGGCUUUCUGAAUAAAGCGCGAGCUGCGCUGGAGCUGAAAACGGAUUGGAAACUGAUCUUGCACGAUCCGACCGGCAACUGCUUCAUCCAGAACCCUGACCCGAUGCACGUGGACCCUCGUGCGAUUUUGGUCCAUUACCCACGGCCGGUUGCCGAGGACAAAAUGCUUGGACUCGUUGACGAUAACACAAAAGAAUAUGAAGAAGCAGAGCCGGUCGAACCGAUUAAACGCGGAGAUGAAAAUCUAAAAGACGAAGUGAUGCGUAUCCCAACAUCGUGUGAAGUUUGUAAAACCGAAGGGGAGCUCCUGAUGAAGCAUCUGGAUAUUCCGUUCUUCCAAGAGGUUAUCGUAAUGGCCUUUACAUGUGACAAUUGUGGAAACAAGUCUAACGAGAUUAAGAGCGGCGGCCCGAUUCGUGCUCAAGGCUGCAAAUUGUCGUUGACCAUUGCUGAGUCGAUUGACCUGGCGCGUGAUGUUUUGAAAUCAGAUACCUGUUGCAUGUCGAUACCAGAGCUCGAUUUAGAGGUUGGUUAUGGCGCAAUUUCCGGGCGAUUCACAACGGUCGAAGGGUUGUUGACAGCCACCAAGGAGCAGCUCGAUCAACAAUUCAAGUUUUUCACCGGUGACAGCGCGCAAGACGAUGAAAAAGUUAAAAUGAAGGCCCUCAUGGAGUCGUUUGACCAGAUUCUUUCGCUAGAAAAACCGGUGACGCUUGUGCUAGACGACCCGGCUGGCAACAGCUAUAUUCAGUCUACGACAGCCCCUCUUGAUGAUCCGCGACUCCACAAAGAUUACUACACGCGUUCCCGCGAGCAAGACGACGACCUCGGCCUGCUCGACAUGAAGGUCGAAAAUUAUGAAAAUGAUGGCCGUGGCAUGGAAGCCGUCAUCGAGGAAGAUGAGGAGAACGAAGCGAAU